UCCCUCAUUAAAUUUAACUUCAAUGUAAGUUACCUAUCAGAAAUCACUUUCACCCACCCGCUAUUCCAUUUUACGCAAAACGUCGGUCGACCUUGUAAUAGUUCGAAAAUCGGGAAUUAGAUAGUGGCUUUCGUACAGCAUAGUAACGUGGCAAAAUAAUAAGGUGUUUAACUUACAAAAAGUGUUAUUAAAUUGAACAUUUUCGAUGGUAUAAAACAUUCUCAGUUUGACAGUUCAUUGUUUGGCAUGUAAGAUCUAUGUAAAGUAUCAACUUGGAAAGCAAGCAACAGGAUCGCUAAGAAUAAAUUUUGCUUAUUUGUCAGUGAUAUCAAUUGUAAGAAACAAGACAUCAUGCACAUCACAAUAAAAAUACUGAACCAGUUGAUUCGAUGCAGAUAUCCGAAAAGGUUCAAGUCAGAACUGAAAACAGCAUAGUUCUAGCAUCCAUUUCAACGGUCAAAUUGAAACCGAAAGACGUCACAGCGGGCCCGCUGCGGUGUGACGGUCGAUUUGAAACAUGCGCGCGCGGACGCCAUUUCCAACAUGUUUGCCGCGAUGCUUCCGUUUUCGGUGAGCUACGCCGCCGUCACACACGUCACCCGUGGAGCGGCGCUUGCCAAGAGAAGAACCCGCUUGCUGCUCUCGUUAUAUCGAAGAAAGAAAAAAAACCACCACCCAUAGAACGGACGCGCUCGUGCUGUCGCGUUCGCACACCCGGCCGACCAAGGGCAACGGCAAGAACGAGACGGAGCACGGUGAUUCGACGACGGCUGCCGUGAGAGAGCGUCGAAAGUGGCUGAUGAAACCUGAAAGCAAACGCAAAUUUUGCAGUGAGCAGCAGGAAUAAUCAUUUUACUUGUGUGAGAUCAGCCCAUCGGAUAGGAGGUAGUAGCAGCGCAUUUUUUUUUUCGUCGUUAAUAAUCUGGAAAAUUUUCAUUCCGGGGGUCUCGGUGUGCCAUUUUUGCUGUUGAUUAACGUGCGACUAGGUGCAAGUGCAAAGUAUCACUCGAAACGGUGACUGAUUCGAUGUGCAGUUGAACGGAAAUGUGAUUUUUUCUUCGGUGCGAAAGCCCGUAAAAUUUUCCAAAUGCGAAAUGCGCUUCCUGCUUGAUUCGUUCUUUUUCCAUUUGCUCUAACGAAAUAGAGUACAGCGCAGAGAGCGCACACAGUGAAUAAGUGAGUGUGUGAGCAACCUCUAUCCGCAGUGAAUUUCGUGUGUCGGUGAGCAGUGAGUAGAGUGAGCAAACGAUUCGGUUAGUCCGAUGAAAAGGGAACGGUUGGCGAUCAAUCGCAUCGUCUCGGAAACGUUUUGCACGAGGUAGUGCAAAGCAGCAGAUUGUGAAGCCAGACGUCGUCGAGUGUCCCUUUUCGCACGGAACCGUGCCGGAAAACAGUGAUUUUUUUUUAUUUGAACGUGCGACAGUGGUGCACAGUUGAAUUGUUGCCUAUGGUGAUAUGGCGGAAAAUAUUCUCUUUUCUGUUUCCGCCGACGGUAAAAUAGUGGCCUGACGAAAUAAGCGGAGGUAGAAAAAUCGACUUUUUUUUUUUCCUAAAACAGCGCAAGCGACGGUAAAAACGAGCAAGACAACGUAGCGCAAACACUACGGCGAAGUGAAAAAGAACCCUAGCAGUGGUGUGGGUCCGGCUGGUUUUGGAUUGUAGUUGUAGGGGUGUAGUGAACGCUUACUUCAAUUUUGAAAAGUCUAGCCUAGCACCCGCUAGUAGCAGAGUGCGCGAUUGGUUUCGGAGCUCUCCAGUUGUGACUGUGUGAGGUGCUAUUUCUUCACCCGUCGACCGGCUUUUUUUUUGUUUGUACAUAAAUUCUGUGAAUUGGUGGUGGAUCGGUGUGUGAGUGCACUGCACAAGUGGAUUACUCAUUUUUGUUUCGAACCGCACCGCACCGCCGAAAAGUGCGGGUAUGCGUGUUGCUGCUGCCGGAGAAAACCAAAGCGAAGAAUAUAAAAAAAAGUGAUAAUUUACGGUCGAAGAAAAUAAAAGAAAAAUAUGUUUGCGUUUUGAGUGAGGUUCAAAUUCGAACCGGCCCGUCGUCGUCGUGCGAGCAGUGGAAAAGUGAAAAUAAAAAAAAAUAACAACAGCUUAUCAGUUCAGUUCUCCCGGGCCCGGAUCGCCGAAGUUUUGAGCGGGCUCUGAAGUUAGUGGGUGCUCCUCCUUUUUGGCGUGAGCGAGCGAGCAAGUGAGUUCGGCUUUCUCGGGGGGGUGGACGAAUGAGUGAAUGGGACUGGCGCGCGUUGCAGCAAACCUGAUCAAAGUACCCGAUGCAGUUGACGAGAUGGCUCCCGCUCUUACCGAGCCGCUGAGCCAAAGUAAACUCUCGUCGUCGGCAACGUCCGGGGCCUCACCGCGAACCGGUGUUGAAACCAGCAGCCAACAGGAAGUACCGAGCAGUGUUAGUACGGAUUCCGGCACCGGUACCGUUUCGACGAAUCCUAGUGAAACCGAUCUCGUUCUAACGGAUAAUACGGCUGCUCCUGGAAUCGCAGAAACAGUGGACGAUAUUCAGAAUAAUAACAAUAAUAACAACGACGGGCAAUUGUUAAAAAUUGAUUCGGAUAGUGGGAAAGAUCUCAUCGAGCUUGCCCUUGAGCAGCUCCAUCGAGAUGAAGCUGUGGCGACGGCAGCUGAAAGUGCUAUAGCGGGCGUUAGCACACCGACGGAUACCGAUAUUUCGCAAGCUGUCAUCGACCAGAUUGUGCAGGUGGCUGCUUCGACCAGUGAAACGGCCACAGCCAGUGAAGUUCAGGGUGACCUCCAGCAGCUAGACUCUCAAUCGUCUAUCAUUUCCAGUUCCAGCACCACCAUGGGUCUGCAGAAAGAUUACCUGAAGGACAAUCCGGACAUGGAACAGAUGCUCGGGGAGCUAGCGUCUACUUCGGAUAUGGAACUACUUCAAGUGUUCAAAAGCCUCGAAGGUAAUCCCAGUGGCGAUGGGCUCUGUGCCGAACUGGCCGGAGGUCUAUCGCUUUUCAACGAUGUGGAUGUGGUGAAUAUGUACGAAGAAGUGACUCAAGCCACUCCGACCAACAAAGAUCACGAGCGGCUCGAAAUGCACGCCGAGAUCGUCAAACGGCAGUCACAAAUGCAGCGAAAGUAUGACUUUCUCAUUAGACGGCUCAACAAGCUGCAGGCUCGCUACAUGGGUCAACACGUGAGUGAAGAAAUUGCCGGCCUGUUUGAAUACUCGCAACGCUACUGGAAGAAAAAGGACAAAGAAAAUGCCAAAGGUCACGGUGCCAGUUCGUCCACGGUUUCGCCAACAUCGCUCAUUCCGGACAUCAUCCCGUACCAACCUCAUCCACCUUCGUCGUCGGACAAGCUGAAACCCAUCUCGGCCAACGCUAUGAAAACGUUUGCCAAGCGGCUGGAAGGAAUCGCCACCACCCAGUGUUCGACGCAAACCAAACGAAUUUAUAGCAACCGAUAUUUCCAAGGUACCACCGGUGGUCCAUCACCGAUGGAGACAUCAUCAUCGUCAUCCGCACCAUCAAGCUCGAUCCCGAAGUUCGAUGAUACGGUAAUCGAUCAGUUGGAGCAGACGGCUGGCCUGUUGCAUUCGGAACUGCACCAGGUACAGUGUACGAUCGACUCGGAAGCGACGGUCAGCAGUUCCGGUGGUGAAUCGGCGGAUGAAAUGGUUCUGUACAAUAACCUCAAUCAGCAAUCGUUGACAAUAGCUAAACGAGCGGCGUGGCGAUGGGCCAAGGAUCGUGCCUCGGUGGCAGCUCGAUGGACCUGGCUGCUAGCCCAAAUAUCCGAUCUGGAGUACCGCAUCCGGCAGCACAACGAGCUGUACAACAAAAUCAAAAUCAACAAAGGUGCCGUCACAUUGGAGAGUGCCCAAUCGCAACCACCACAACCUCCCUCGCAGCAAUCGGUCAACGGGUAUCGGGGAACUCUGCCCGGUAAUAGCAAACCGUUGGACGACAUUCACGAUACCAUCAACGUUUCCUCGUGUAGCGGUACAGCUCCGAACGGGGCUUACGAUCAGACUGGCGGCAGUUGUCGAACGCGACCUUUCCAUCGAAAUGGAUUCCGCAAGCGGAAGUUACUGCAGACUGCAAAUCUGCACACUAUUUCGAAAAAGGCAGCUCGACCCAGCACUGUAAAAUGUGGCUGCGCGUGGCCGUUACAACCGUGUGCGCUGUGUACCGGCCGACAAGACCCCACAGCGCCCAGAGAUCUACCUGAUACGAUGCCGGCAUCGGAACGAGUGGCACUGCUGGAUCCGUGCUUUCACCCGGUGUUGAGUUUUCCCGAAGACGUUUCCCAGGGAAUUCACUUUGAAGCGAUUAUGCGAAUACCGGAGUGGCAGAACAAAAUGAUUCGAAGCACCGCCAAAUCGCUCAGCCGGAGUGCCGGUAUAUCACAUAAAUCGAGCAGCUUCGGUUCUACGUCCACCGGUGCCGGUGGUACGCUUCCCUCCAGUGCAACUCCAGCGUUCCUUUCCUCCGGCGAUGAGGCAGUGCCUCUGAGCGGAAACAAAAAAUAUGGCCCCGAUGGCAAGCGGAAGUACAACAAACACAACAAACUUCACAGUUCUCAGGAACUGACGAAUCAUAAACUUAAAAAAUCGAAAUCUCGUCGAAAUCUAAUACUGACCAACACCGGCAGCGGCAGACGUAAAUCAUCAAUUGGUUAUCAUCCCAGCGGUAGCAGUCAUUACGGUCCGACAGGCCACGGUGCCACUCCCGGUGGCAGUUCGAACAAGUACUACAAAAGCUCCAGCAGUAAAUAUCGGAAAUCGUCGAACUCGUCGGUUACGGCACCGCCCGGAGCAGCUGGUGCCAUCGGGGGCGGCGGCGGCGGCGGCGGCGGUUCCAGUGCGCUAAGUCGAUACAACAGUGGAGGUACGGUCGGUAGCGUUGGCGGUGGUGGCGCGUCCUCUGGACUCGAAUAUAUGGACUCGGCUGGAUUGCAUCACGAUGGCACCGGUAGCGGCAGCAGUCGCAGUAAAAAUUCGUCGCCAACACCAAACCAUCAUCGUAACGAAAGAAAAAGUCGUCCCUCAUACGAUAUAGAUAACAUCGUUAUUCCGUACAGUAUGGCAGCCGCGAACAAGGUGGAACUCUUACCGUACAAAGAAAUUGUUACACCAAAGUGGCGUAUUGUUGACGAAAACGAAGAAUCAGUAGACCCGGACUCGGAAACCAGCGAAACUAGUCAACUCACUAAAACAGGCAGUAGUGGCGACAAUGCAGUUCCUGAUGUUAAACCAUCGGAAACUGCCAACUCGACUCUGCCACUGCCAACGAAACCUCCUGCGGUUUCUGAUUUAACUCAAUCACUUACCGAGGGUCAUUUGAUCGUGCUACCAGCCAUCGACGAGGAGGAUAUCUCCGAGGAAACCAUUCUGAUCAAGCACGACCGUGCCCUGCAGGAUGAACGCAAAAAAUUCCGAACGUACAUGAAGUUUCCCUGGAGCAGACCGCGAGCGAAUCGAAGGACCGAUAGUCGGGCAGAGUCGAGCGGAGCUAAUACGCCGGAUCCCACUUCUCCUGCGCCGCCCACUCCACUGGUUGACAUUGAGUCGAACACAUCACCUGCAUGUCCGUCAACUCCGCUGAUGCCGCUCGAUACACAGGAGCUGUCGGAAACCAAUGUUCUGAACGCUCUCAAUCAAAGCCUCAACAAGAAGGAACGUAGGCGAACUGUAUCAACCAAGAUAGUACGGGACGAAAUUCAACGCAGCACUAGUCCAGAUAUCAAAGAGGCCGUACCACCAUACGAAUCACUGCAGUUCCCGCUGCCGGAUGAUCUGUACGAUGAAAUGAUUCGGACGAUGCCGAGUGAUCAUCUGACCAUGGUGGAAGAUGCCAUCAACAAACUGACGCGACCGAAUCGACCGAACAAUAAUCUACUGUUGGCGAACCGGAACAAUCUAAACUUGGCACCGUCGAGCAGUGGACACAGCCGGAACCCACUUAGUUCCAAUCUGUCCACGACCUCCACAACACUGUCGGCCACCGAGAAUGAUCUCGAUGAUUUGGACUGUAACGACAACGAUGACGAGCUGCUGCAGGCGAAGAAGGUCGAAAAUCAAAUUAUUAUGGAGAAGCUACUGAAGAGCUGUGAUGAGAAUCGAAUGUUUGUCGGAGUGCGCCAAGUGCUCGAUGAUGACGACCCGAUGGAUGACGAGGAAACCGAUACCGGCGAAUCACUGUUUGUCGAGGAAGAUGACCCCAACGAUCCAGAGUGGUACGACCGUCCUGGUCGCGGUCGAACGUAGGAUGGUUCUGGUGACGAACGUAACCGUUUAUCUGAUCUCGAUCGCUACAGAAGUUAUUCGCAUCAUUGCGCUGUAUUUUCUUUCACUAACGCUUUCGUUUCACUUCUUUUACACAUUAGGACCUAGAUGAUAGCAUUCAAGUCUAUCAACUGAUAAGGACAGAUUUUUAAGUAUAUCUACUAUUGAGGAAGAAAAAUAACAAAAAGAGCAGGAAAUAUAUAUGUAUAUGAGCAAUACGAUGCGUCGUCGUAAGUCAUAUAACCCAUGUUAAAAUUAAUUUCACAUAUGCAAAAACAAAAAAAAAGAUUUGUUUCUUUUCGAAACGAACAAUAAGUGAACGUUUUAUCUAUAACGAUGUUAUUAGAAAUCUCUGCACAUAUUGCCGGGCAUUAUCAAGUUUCUCAUACAUAAGAACAAAAUUACGAACUAAAUAAUCACAUAGACCAUAACAAUUACACAGAAAUAGACAGUAGCAUAUGCUGAAAUAAAAAUUAACGAAAACAAACUGUUGUAGACAUCUGUGAAUAAGUAGUUUGUAAGCAAAUUCGAACGCUUGAAGAAAACAAAACAAAACAAAUGGUAUAUCUUCUGCAAACGUGUACAUAUUACACAACCUAGCUGUGACGUAAGCCAAUUUAAGUUUCCUUUCACUUUGGUUAAGAUGUGUUUCACCAACUGUAGGUACCGGAAACUCUAGCAUAGGUACAGACACAAAUGAAAAUUGGAUGUAUGAAUAAUUUGCGUCUUAUGAUGAAUUGUCGUUUUGUUUCCCUUUCGAGGAAGGAUCAUGCUUUUUUUAUAUUCUGAUUGUUUUCCUUUCGAAAUUUUAUUGAAAUCCUCCAGAAGCAGGAAGAAAAUGAGGGUAGAGUGGAAUGUGUUAUGGUAGUUUUUUUUUGCGUUUUAAAUAUAGAGCAAGCAAACUAGGUUUACGAGCAGUCAACGUUAAUGGUAGAUAAUGUUAUGUAUAGCAAGCUCAGAAACGUUCCAGCCAGACGACAGAUGAGCGAAAAAUAUAAACCACACAACUGUGUACAUACAUAGUUAUACAGCAGGAAUAUAUUGUAGAGAUCACCUCUCACCAGAACUUUUGCAGAAUAAAAUGCUCGACACGCGGCUUCUCACAGAGAAUAGGAUAAUCCCCGCGUCGAGGUCGUUUUAUGAAACCAGAAACAAAA